AUGAUUUAAAAAUAAGAAAAAAUCUAGGCUCAGAGCCUAAUAAUUAAAACAUACUUCGAAGAUCCUAAUUUUGUUUAAUGUAUUUCUUAUUUUAGAAAUGCACACAAAUACAGAAAAAUGAAUAUGCAAGGUCCAUUAACAUUUAUAGAAUAUUACAAAUUUUUAAUACCAUUGCUAAAAGCAUUAACAAAAAGAAGAGCCUCUCUUUUUUUUACUUAUUUUAUAGAGUAUGUUAAAUAUUAAAAUGAUGAACAUCAAAGUGAGCCUGAAAAGCACAAACAAAUUAUUACAAUGUUAGAUUAUAUAAGAAAUCAAUAUUCCAAGGCAAAGAUUAAAAAAAAUUCAACUCAGCUUAAAAAGGAUGCCUAUCUAAGUUUAAAAAUUUUACAAGAAUUUAUCUUAGAGUUUCGUAAUAUGCGCUGGCUCAUUAAUAAUGUAUGGGGGUGGAUUAAAGAUAAUAUUGCUUAAUUACAUCUAGUACUUUAAGUUGAUUUUGAAACCAAAGAAUUUGAGUAAAAUGAAGACAAGAAUAAUGGCAAGUAUAAUUAAUUACUCAACAAAUUAACAAAAAUGUAGUCCAAACAUAAAAAAAAUAGAAUUUAAAAGUAAAGUAGCAUCAAUGUUAUUGAAGAAAUCUGCAAUUGGAUUGAAAGAUAAAAAGUGAAUGCUAAAGAAAGCUCUAUUCUAAAUUUCAUUCAAUUUAAUUUAGAAAUAAAAUUUUUUAAUUUUUAAGCAAAUCUCAAUAAAUUCACUUAGAAUUAGUAUCAAAUAGAGAACUAAAAAAUUCAUCAAAAGAAUAAUGAUGAAGUACCUCCUAUCCAUCAAUUACAAGAAAAAAUCCAAUAAACUUAAAACUCUGCAGAAGAAAAUUUCACCAACUCAUUCAAAUCGAAUAACCAAAUAGAAUAAUGUUAAGAAGAAAAUAUCUACGAAGAUCAAAUAGAGAACUAAAAAAUUCAUUAAAAGAAUAAUGAUGAAGUACCUCCUAUCCAUCAAUUACAAGAAAAAAUCCAAUAAACUUAAAACUCUGCAGAAGAAAAUUUCACCAACUCAUUCAAAUCGAAUAACCAAAUAGAAUAAUGUUAAGAAGAAAAUAUCUACGAAGAUCAAAUAGAGAACUAAAAAAUUCAUUAAAAGAAUAAUGAUGAAGUACCUCCUAUCCAUCAAUUACAAGAAAAAAUCCAAUAAACUUAAAACUCUGCAGAAGAAAAUUUCACCAACUCAUUCAAAUCGAAUAACCAAAUAGAAUAAUGUUAAGAAGAAAAUAUCUACGAAGAUCAAAUAGAGAACUAAAAAAUUCAUUAAAAGAAUAAUGAUGAAGUACCUCCUAUCCAUCAAUUACAAGAAAAAAUCCAAUAAACUUAAAACUCUGCAGAAGAAAAUUUCACCAACUCAUUCAAAUCGAAUAACCAAAUAGAAUAAUGUUAAGAAGAAAAUAUCUACGAAGAUCAAAUAGAGAACUAAAAAAUUCAUUAAAAGAAUAAUGAUGAAGUACCUCCUAUCCAUCAAUUACAAGAAAAAAUCCAAUAAACUUAAAACUCUGCAGAAGAAAAUUUCACCAACUCAUUCAAAUCGAAUAACCAAAUAGAAUAAUGUUAAGAAGAAAAUAUCUACGAAGAUCAAAUAGAGAACUAAAAAAUUCAUUAAAAGAAUAAUGAUGAAGUACCUCCUAUCCAUCAAUUACAAGAAAAAAUCUCAUAAAAUUAGAGCUAUGCAUAAGAUCUAAAUAUACCUAACUGCCACCCCAUAGAAGAAACCGAAAGCGACCAACUAGAAAAAUAAGAAAUUUAUCAAGUGGAGGACGAUUUUUAAGAAGAAGAGUAUUCAAAACCUCUUUUCAAUCAAAUACAAAGAAAAACCUAAUAAACAUAAAUCUCAAUAGAAGAAAUUAUGGCCGAUCUAUAAAUAACAAAUACAGAUUAAAAAGAAGAAAUCUAACAAUCAAAUCAUUAACAAGAUGAAAUCUAUUUUGCUAUAUAUGCUAUUGCCUCGAGUUAACAAUAAGAUGGGGUAGAAAAAAAAUUAUGAUG